AUGGGUGCGACGGGAAGGGCGUCUUGCAACGCUUGCCAACUUCAAGAAUUACAAUGCGAUUCCAAGAAGCCCAGCUGCAAGAACUGCACAAGAAAUGGCAUCAAGUGUGCAUACCCGUUGACCCUCAAAUGGGGCGGAAGACCUUACAAAGACAAAUCCAAGCGGAUCAAGAUGCCUCCGAAUACGAAGUUGGUGAAUGGAGUACUGAUGGCCAACCAUACAUCCAUGAAGGUGUUGAAGCCAAAAAAGCUCAAAACUAACGCAGUAGUGGCCGGGCCCUCAUUUCAAGAUCUCCCUGUCGGAGCACAGCUAGAUAUCGAAGAGAUUCUGGGCCACAGUCCGAUUCUCGAAGAGUCAUCGGCACUAGCUGUGACAACGUCGAUAACCCCUCCAUCACCACCGAUGCGAAUGUUGAAGCCGAUGCACAUGCCUGGUUUGGACUUGUUGAACCAGUCUCAAACCCAUUCGGAAUUUUUUGAAUACUACGUUUGUGAAACGGCCCAUGCGUUCGUUCCGCUCAAUAGAGACAAUAAGAACAAUCCGUUCUGUACAAUUGUUCCUCAAUUGGCUCUGCACAGCUCCACUUUAAUGAGAAUUGUGAUGGCUUUUGGUGGUAAACAUCGCGAACAGAAACUCCUUAUGGAACAAGGGCAAGAAUGUUUCUCUCUGGAGGAAAUAUCAUCGGGCGGUGUAAGCUCGGACUCUGGGGCCCUGGCUCGGGAUUUAGAGCAGCAAAGUGUGCUUGAGCUGAUUCGAGAAAUGGCGCGUUCUCAAAAUAAGCUCAAUGAUUUGGUUCUGGCGUCAGUUCUGAUCCUUGCAAGCCUGUCUAUAUUUUUUGGCAAUGGAAAGAACUGGCACACUCAUGUAUUCGGAGCUGAAGGUAUCAUAAUGCAAGAACUCCAGCAACGCUCCAAAGAGAGGCAAAUCUAUCUUAAGUACCCUCAUGAAAGAGGAUCGUAUUUUUUCUUGCGAAGGUGGUUUGCCUAUAUUCGAGUGAUGGGGUGUCUCUCUUCGGGGCUUUUUGAGCACUUUCCAGAGAGGAAGUUCUCACAAUUGAAGAUUGACUUCGAUCUGCCCACUCGCAAUGAAUGUACUGGUGAUGUAGAUGAUGUUUACUACACCAACGGAAUGGGCGUAGAGGUCCUUUCAUUCCUGGCCCAAGUUGCGAAUCUGAUUUUGGAGAAGGAGACAGAUGGCCGACGAGAACUAACAGGCUCAACACUUCAAGGUGCCAUCGAAUUAGACUAUAAGAUAGUACACUUCUUAGGUAUAAGGAAGCCCGUGACAAAGCUGGACAUUUCACAGGGUGCCAUGUUGGUGCAAGACAGCAGCGAGAAUUCCUUUCUGAUGGCCACCAACUUGCUUUUCGGUCUAAGUGGCCUGCUACAACUACGACGCAGAGUCAUUGGCCUCUCUUAUGACAAUCCCUUAGUUCGAGACCUACUUUUCAAGAUGAUAGCAUUGGUUGAAAACAAACUACAGUCUCAUAGGCACCCAAAUCCUUGCUUGCUCUUUUGCAUUUUCAGUUGCGGUUGUGAGCUGUUAGAAGACGUGCUCGUUUCGAAACGGGAGAUUUGCUUGGCUCAAAUCGACAUGUUGAUCGAGGCUGGCGUAGAAAGCGCAUCUCAGGCAAAGAAUGUCAUGCAGGAGUGUUGGCGCACGUCAAAUUCAUGGUGGGAAGUCCUCAGCAAACAUAAUCUGGAUAUAUGCUUUGCCAUCUAA